GGGGUCCGCGUCAGAGCGCACAGAGUGGACCCGCCUCCUGGCUGUGGAGCGCUGGUUGCGUCUCUCUCCACUGUCCGCCUCAAAUCCAUAUUCCACUGGGAAAGAGAGAGAGAGGGAGAGGAAGGGAGUGAGUGAGUGAGAGAGAGAGAGAGAGCGCAGGACCUGGGAGAAGAGCAACGAAAGAAAAAGAGGAGCGAAAACGGAACAGUGAAACAAAUGGCACUCAUGGCAGGGAUUUUGUUCACGGCCACCUUUCUUGUUUCGGGGAUUUCUACAUUUGUUUCGUCGGCACGGAUAUAUCCCCCAAAUGAAGUCACGUUAUUGGACUCCAGAUCUGUUCAGGGGGAGCUGGGAUGGGUCGCCAACCCCACGGAAGGAGGGUGGGAGGAAGUGAGCAUUAUGGAUGAAAAGAACAUUCCCAUCCGGACGUACCAGGUGUGUAACGUCAUGGAACCAAACCAGAACAACUGGCUCCGCACUGACUGGAUCCCCCGAGGUGGUGCCCAGCGUGUCUACAUUGAGAUCAAGUUCACCCUCCGAGACUGCAACAGCCUCCCGGGGGUCAUGGGAACCUGCAAGGAAACCUUCAAUCUGUACUACUAUGAGUCCAACAACGAUAAGGAGCGCUACAUCAGAGAGAACCAGUUUGGCAAGAUUGACACCAUUGCUGCAGAUGAGAGCUUCACUCAAGUGGACAUCGGCGAUCGCAUUAUGAAGCUGAACACGGAAGUCCGAGAUGUGGGUGCCUUGACUCGGAAAGGCUUCUAUUUGGCCUUCCAGGAUGUUGGAGCAUGCAUUGCUCUUGUGUCCGUCAGGGUCUUCUACAAGAAAUGUCCUUUAGCAGUGCGUAACUUGGCGCAGUUUCCUGAUACCAUCACUGGAGCUGAUACCUCCUCACUUGUGGAGGUUCGUGGCUCAUGUGUGGAUAAUUCUGAGGAGAAAGAGGUUCCCAAGAUGUACUGCGGGGCCGAUGGAGAGUGGCUGGUGCCCAUUGGGAAUUGCCUGUGUAAUCCUGGAUACGAGGAGCGCAAUGCAGAAUGUCAAGCCUGUAAGAUUGGGUACUACCGCGCUCUGGCCACUGAUGGCUCCUGUUCCAAAUGUCCGCUCCACAGCUAUUCUGUGAGGGAGGGAUCCACCUCCUGCGUCUGCGACAAGGGAUACUUCCGCUCUGAAACAGACCCGGCGUCCAUGCCCUGCACCCGCCCUCCAUCAGCGCCUGUCCACCUCAUCUCCAAUGUGAACGAGACUUCUGUAAACCUGGAGUGGAGCCCGCCCCGGAGCUCAGGAGGACGCCAGGACUUGACAUACAAUGUGAUGUGUAAGCGCUGUGGGCCCGACGGUCGGCGCUGUCAACCCUGUGGUAACGGAAUCCACUUCAGUCCCCAGCAGCUGAGCCUGAAGGGAACUAGGGUGUCCAUCAAUGAGCUGCAGGCCCACACCAACUACACCUUCGAGGUGUGGGCGGUGAAUGGAGUCUCGCCUCAAAGCCCCGGGCCAGAACAGGCCGUGUCCGUGACCGUCACAACCAACCAGGCUGCUCCCUCUCCAGUGACUUCCAUCCAGGCAAAAGAUAUCACAAGACACACUAUUUCACUUGCUUGGCAGCCACCGGAUAGAGCCAAUGGCGUCAUACUGGAGUAUGAAGUCAAGUACUACGAAAAGGACCAGAAUGAAAGAAGCUACAGAAUCAUUAAAACUUCAUCAAGAAACACUGACAUCAAGGGUCUCACCCCCCUAACGUCCUACGUGUUCCACGUGCGCGCUCGCACGGCAGCCGGCUAUGGGGAAUUCAGCGGCCCAUUUGAGUUCAUGACCAACUCCGUACCAGCACCCAUUAUUGGUGAUGGGGCCAACUCCACAGUAUUACUGGUGUCAGUUGUGGGCAGCGUGGUCCUCCUGAUAAUUCUCAUCAGCGCUUUCGUCAUCAGCCGAAGGAGUAAGUACAGCAAGGCCAAGCAGGACUCUGAUGAAGAGAAGCACUUACAUCAAGGAGUGAGGAUAUACGUUGACCCCUUUACCUAUGAGGACCCAAACCAAGCUGUCCGUGAGUUUGCCAAGGAGAUCGAUGCCUCCUGUAUCAAGAUUGAGAAAGUUAUUGGCAUUGGAGAGUUCGGUGAGGUCUGCAGUGGCCGCCUGAAGAUGCCGGGUAAGAGAGAGAUCUGCGUGGCCAUCAAGACUCUGAAGGCUGGCUACACUGACAAGCAAAGGAGGGACUUCCUGUCCGAGGCCAGCAUCAUGGGCCAGUUUGACCACCCCAACAUCAUUCACCUAGAGGGCGUGGUCACCAAAUGUAAGCCAGUGAUGAUUAUCACAGAGUACAUGGAAAACGGAUCGCUGGAUGCAUUCCUGAGGAAGAAUGAUGGUCGCUUCACAGUGAUCCAGCUGGUUGGCAUCUUGCGUGGAAUUGCAUCGGGCAUGAAGUACCUGUCAGACAUGAGCUACGUUCACCGUGACCUGGCAGCCCGCAAUAUCCUGGUCAACAGCAACCUGGUGUGUAAGGUGUCUGACUUUGGCAUGUCCCGAGUGCUGGAGGACGACCCCGAGGCUGCGUACACCACCAGGGGAGGGAAGAUCCCGAUCCGCUGGACGGCCCCUGAGGCCAUCGCUUACAGGAAGUUCACCUCGGCCAGCGAUGUGUGGAGCUACGGCAUCGUCAUGUGGGAGGUGAUGUCGUAUGGUGAGCGACCAUACUGGGACAUGAGCAACCAAGAUGUGAUCAAGGCUAUUGAUGAGGGCUAUCGGCUGCCCCCGCCCAUGGACUGCCCUGUGGCGCUCCACCAGCUCAUGCUUGACUGCUGGCAGAGGGAGAGGGCUGACCGGCCAAAGUUUGGACAGAUCGUCAACAUGCUGGACAAGCUGAUCCGCAACCCCAACACUCUGAAGAGGACUGGGGGAGAGACCACUGUCAGGCCUAACACCACCCUGUUGGAGCCAGGGAGCCCUGAGGCAUCCUCGGCCGUGGGAACAGUGGAGGACUGGCUGCAGGCCAUCGGCAUGGAGAGAUACAGCGACAACUUUACUGCUGCCGGCUACACCACUCCAGAGGCUGUGGUCCACAUGACACAAGAGGACAUGGCGCGCAUAGGCAUCUCCUCGGCUGCACACCAGAACAAGAUCCUGACCAGCGUCCAGGGAAUGCUGUCCCAAAUGCAACAGAUGCAAGGCAGAAUGGUUCCCGUCUGAGAAAUUUAAACAAAGAAAAAGGAAAAGGAAGCAAAGCGACUUCAUUUCUUAUGGAAAAAAAAAGAAUAAAUAAAUAACAAAAAAGAUUAAAUAUAAAAAAGAGACAAACUAUGAAGAAAUAGUUUACCUCAUCCAUGCACUUUAAAUUGGAUCUAGAAGAAAAGAAGACGUUGAUGAAGAAGAAAAAAAAAGUGGUGAAAAUGGCACUUUUUUAAAAAUUAGACCUUUACCUUGCCCUUUUUUGUUGUUUUGAAGAAUGGAUGCUUCUGUCUGCAGCAUUUAUGGACAGAUGGAGGGACGGCUGGAAAAGUGCUUCCGAGAGGCCAAUCUGGAGUGCCUUUAAUGGUCUGGAAGGAAAAGUGAGGGAUGGGGGAAUCAUACCUUUCUUCCUGUUCUUGGGCAGAGUGUUGUUUCUGGAACUUUCUUUCUGGAAUAAUCCACGGAGCAGAUUUUUUUGAUUUCCUGUGACUGUGUUUAUUGUACAUGAAUUGUUUCUGUGGGACUUGCAGGCUGCCCCGGCCACCAUUGUUCUCUCUCAGCUGGAUCUGUUUGAUAUCUCUCAGACAAAAUGGAGGCUCCUGACCGUCAUAUAAACAGUGAAUCUCUGAGAGGUUGAGGGGUGGAUUGCGUCAGCAGGGAGGGCUUAUUUUGAGGAGCUUUUUGUGUUUUUUGCUCUCUUUUGGCCUUGUUUUUUUGUAGAACGCUGUAUUUUGUUGCCCUCAGGACGUCGCUGAGUAUGUCUUUGAUCUUCCAGAGGAGUCUUCCCACUCCCCUGUCUUCCCAAAAAUGCUCUCCUACACCCCAGAUAUAUACACAAUUUGGAUUCUUCUAUUCAACUCCUCAUUUGAAUCAAAGCUCCAGCCCCUUGCUACGGCGGGGCCCACCAACUCUUCCUCUCCACAUUUGAUGGACAUCUGUUUGCACCAUUUGAACUGGCUUUAUACAUAAGAAUGAAGGAAUUUAUUGGCAGUAUUUAACUGGACGAAAGGAUUCAGUGAAGACAACAUGGAUGCAGAAUGAACCAUAAUCAUCAGUAGCAUCACUGUCAAGAAAAUAAGACAGAAAAUACCCGGAGAGUUACUUAAACCGUCAUCAAGCUGCUGCCGUCCAUCACGAACAAGAUCCCGGCCUUGCUCACCAUAACCACAAUUAUUCGUCCUCUUCCUCUUUGUCUUCCUCCUUCUUUCCCCUCCUCUCCUUGGAGUCUCCUUCCGACACCGAGAUUAAAAAAUCCAUCCCCAACUGCCUGGGAAGUCCACUGUCAUAACACUUCAACUUGACAAACUAGCCACCACCUGCUUGUGGCCAGCCAGCUAUGUACUGGAAUUACUAUGAAUGAUUUAACAGCAUAAAAAAGAGACAAUAAGAAGAAUGUAAUAUAAUCAAGAAGCCCUGCUCCAGCGGAAAAUGUACUUUUAUUUUGAAAGUUUCAUGUUAUUUUGUGCUUUUAUUGUUUUGUUCUGUUUGCAUGUAAAGUAACAAACGUUUGAAUUGAGCGUGCGAAUGUGAUGACGUGUGUGUGUGUGUGUGUGUGUGUGUGUGUGUGUGUGUGCGUGCGCGUGUCUCACUGUAUGAGUGGAGUCUUUGAAGUACUAUCAGUAAUUGUGUCUGUUUUCAUUGCCACUGGGGAGGAAGAGGAGAUGACAAAGAUGUAUUGUUUUUGACACAAAAAGAAAAACCUGGGACUUUUUUAAUUUUUUUUUUUUUUUUUUUUAAUUUUGCUUUUGUGGCAUCUAAAAAAAAGAGAACAUUGUAAGGUGUGUUGCUCCCCCAAUACAAAUUCCACUCAGCAACAGCAUUUAUGAAACAGCUUUCGGGAAUACAACCCCUUUCUGCUUUGGCAGUAACAGUGGCUUGCAAAUGGACACCAGGAGACACAGACAAGCGUGACUAAAAGCCUCCUGUGUGUAGGAACACACCGAACACAGAUGAGAGCCUGGACUCUACGAAGGAGCGAAGGAGCGAAGGAGGGAAUGUCGGGAACCGUCUCCCUCCUUGUGGAAAUGGAAGAGUUUAAAAUGACACACCUGUAUACAAAAAAAUGGAUCAGAAAAGUGAGGAAAAGAUAUUCAAGAAGGGAAAAUUGUUGGUUAUUUUGAUUUUUUUUUUUCCAGAGCACACCAAUGGCUACAGGUUCAACCUAAUGGACUGUAUUCUUUUUUUUCCCCUUUAUCUCUUUAAACUAUACUUAUGUGAAUGUUUCUGAACUCGUAAGUGAUGCUUCAUAUAAUACAAAAACACCUCCGUCCUUAAUACAGCUCUACUGCGCUUUCCUUUUUUGGCAACGCAUUGUUCUUUUGGGUUUUAGCUAUCGAAGAAAAGGACCUGUUUGGAAAUAUGCAAGACAUGUUGGGAAGGAGAAGGAAACCAGAAUGUACUGUAAAAUACUUUUUUCCUUUACUUAAAUGUUGGACGAUUUGAAAAAAAAAAAAGAAGAAAAAAAUUAACAAAACGCAAGAGUUAAUGUUUGUCAUUGUAUGCCUUCUGAUGCCAUAUGAUCUAGUCAUGUAGAUCUAACAUUCUCUCAAUUUUUUUUUUACUUGUUUUGACUCGAUCAUGUUUUUCGCUUUUUUGCCCUUGUUUUUUUUUUUGUUUGUUUCGUUUUGUUUUUGUUUUUUGUCAAGGAGCUCUAGGUACAUGUAACUUAUGUCAUUUAUUUAUGUCCUUUUAUAUCUAGUUUGUAAAAUAAUAGCCUAAAGUGAAGAAAAUAAAGGGGUGCCAAAGUGCAUUCUUAAUAAAGUAGAA